AUGGCGUACAGAGAUUUCCAAUAUCGUCUCGACCGCUUGCCCAAUGAACCACGUUCGCCUCUACUCGACGACGACGGCGCUCCUCUCUACGAGACGCAGGAGAAAUCCCUGCUGAUCAAAAUCAUCAGACAAAACGACACAACUAGACUGCAGCAGUAUAUCUCUGCAUACUCGGGGGCGACAGUCAUUGCUCCGAGCGAGGCUGGCCACCCCUGGUUUCACGAUCCAUUUUGGGUGGCUGCUGCGUAUGGCAACACCGAAACUUGGCAACUCCUCCUCGAGCAAUAUGACAUCGCCUCGGCGGGAAACACACCUAGCUACUAG